CACAAAGAAGAAUGGGUGUUUUUCUUCUUAUCUCGUGCGAUGUGAGAAUUGUGACAGAGCUGACGCAGUUAUCGUGGUCCACUCAGUCACUAUCUCUUAGUCAAUGCUUCUAGCUUUCCUAGCACACCGCUCCAGGCAGCUGGUGGAUAGCACUGCCGUACCCAAGUCAUAAUUAUAACGCAAUCGUAGUCCAGCUGGAGUGGAGGUUCCUGGACUGGCGUCUUUCUCUGUAGCGGCGAUACCAGUAUUACAUGUAAUUGUAAAUGUAGCAGCAACGCACACUCCCACUCUCAGCUCAGUUGACGUUCACCAGUAAUCCAGCUCUGCAUCGCUACAUUGCGGCACUGCUGUCCGGAGAAAUGGAUACUAGCGAGCGUGUGUCGAUGGAGCCGCUUGCCAAGCGUACAUUCUCAGCAGACCCAGCUCAGCAGUGUGGUGAUCUGGAGUACCCCGGUGGUACAGUACCCCCAAUGCCCACGGUACAGUCAUGCAGCUACCAGAGCCAGUUCAUUGUGAGUAGCAAUGGCUUUGGGGCCUAUAACGGUAGCUGCAAUGGUGGUUGUAAGCAGAUGGAAGUUGAUGGGUGCAAUACCAUGACGAGCAGGCAUCCAACGGCGGCUGGAGUUAAUCACGGCAGCAGCAUUGGUCACUGGCAAUCACUGCAGUCUGACGGUGGCCACAGUCGCAGCAAUGGACGCAGAAUGAAGUGUGGCCUAUACAUGCCAACGUAUGGUGGCUUUCAGAACCUAUCCGGAGAGAUCAGAGCAGUGACUCUAGAGAAAAAUGCAUCAGUCCCACUUGGCAUUUCCACGUGUGCUAGCGCUGAGCAGAAUGGAUCUUGUUCGGACACUGGUGAUGCGAGAAUCUUCAUAUCUGAUAUCAAGCCACAUAGCCUAGCAGCGGCGAAUAGAAGCUUGCAGAGGGGCAUGCAGAUUCUCUCUAUCAACCACACCACUGUGAGAAACCUGGACCAGCAAUCAGUAGACCACCUGCUGCACGACGCAUACUACAAGAGCGCUGGUCGGCACAUAGAGCUGGUCGUACACCUGGUCUGAGCAAAUCGGAAAUGCUGAUCUCUACACAGGCUGAUUGGACUAGGGUAGUGUCCCUAACCUUGCCGUGCUGUUUGGUUAGCAAGGCAUCUAUCAGCAGACUACAAGUGAACCUACAGCCUGCACACUCUACUGAGAGUACAGCGUUGUUCCAGCACCAGGCUAACUCUUACUUGUACGAGAACCGUGUUGGUAGCAGUGAUUAUGACUAACUAAGUAAAUGCUACUAACUUACACACUACACUACACAUGCAGCCCCUACUUCUUAGUAUGGAGCGGCGCAGCUACCAGCGUGACUGGUGACUGGUGACUGGUGACCACCUAAUCAUUACACAGGCUUGCUAGUGUAUGUAGUAGUGUUCUAUUAUUCUAUAUGAUCUCCAUUGUACAAAUGCUAUUCCGUCACAGUGACCAAUCUAUCCCCGGCCCGUCACAUCAUCAUACCCGUAUGCAAAUGCUGCCACCCCAGAGCUCUCAUCACUAUGCCUGCCUUGGUGUUGGAGUUUUGAAUGCCGUCCUUGAACAUGAGAUGUCCGUAUUAUACCCUUGUUGUUUCAGC